ACAAUUCUUUUCGUCGACUAUAUUCAACAUAAUAUAUCUUAUUAAAGAAAAUAGAAAUAAAGAAUAACAAUGUUUUUACUUAGUUUUGUCAUGUCAUUACAUUUUAGCAACAAUUAACAAUGUUACAGAUUGUUGUAGAUGAUACUUGAGUAAUAAUAUCAGUUUAAUUUGUACUGUGUCAACGAUCAGUAAACAUACUAAUUGAGCAAUUAACAAAACAUUAAAGAAGAUUUAUAUUCAAUAUGAAACCACUCAGAACACCUUUUAAUGAUUGUGCAAUAAAAUCUAUGUUUAAAGAUUUAUUACAUGGUUCUAGAGUGUUGUCAAUCCCACUUAUUAGAUGUGAUAAUCAGAUAUUUAACAGAGUUAUUGAACUGGAAGUUAUUAAUGAUCAAGUAUUCAAUAGAAGUAUUAAAGAGGAAUGCACUGAUGAAACAGACUGCAAAGAUGAUAGUCAAUUAUUUCAAAUAGAUACUAGAAUGUUACCAUCCCCACAUAAUAUAUGUGGUGGUGUUMAAGARUUUAGUGGAGAUAUUAAACAGGAAACUAUUGAUGAUAAAGUAUUGAAUGGAAUAGUAAAAAAAGAAGUUACUGAUGAUUCAGACCACAAAGAAGAUAUUCAAUUAUUACAGAUAGGUUCUAAAGUGUUACCAUCCUCACAUAAUAGAUGUGGUAUUCAAGAAUUUAAUGGAGAUAUUAAACAGGAAACUAUUGAUGAUAAAGUAUUGAGUGGAAUAGUAAAAAAAGAAGUUACUGAUGAUUCAGACCACAAAGAAGAUAUUCAAUUAUUACAGAUAGGGUAUGACUUAGAAACAUUGGAUACUGAAAUAGACAUUAUUGAUGCUAAUGAAUUUAUAGGAACAGUGUAUAAAGAAACAUUAGAYACCGAAAUAAAAACUGAAAUAGACAUUAUUGAUGGUAAUGAAUUUAUAGGAACAGUGUAUAGAGAAAAAAAUUCUCCAGAAAUCAUUAAUUGUCUGAAUUUGAGCAAGACAUCAAACUUAAAAGAAAAGCCUUUGACUGAUAUUUGUGACAAAAGAUCUAAAGCAUCCAAUUUAACGAAUCAUUCAACGAUAAAUACCGGAGAAAAGCCGUAUAUAUGUAAUGUCUGUGACAAAGGAUUUUCUACAAAAGCUUAUUUUAAAAUUCAUGAAAGUUCACAUACUGGAGUAAAACCUUAUAAAUGUGAUACCUGUGAUAAAAGGUUUUCCAUAUCAUCACAUUUAAAAAUUCAUAAAAGGAUACAUACUGGAGAAAAGCCUUAUAAAUGUGAUUUCUGUGAUAAAAGGGUUUCUUCUACUUCCGAUUUAACAAAGCAUAUAAGGACACAUUCCGGGGAAAAACCGUAUAAAUGUGAUGUCUGUGAUAAAUGUUUUUCUAUAUCAUCGCAUUUAAAUGACCAUAAAAGGAAACAUACCGGGGAAAAGCCAUAUAAAUGUGAUUUCUGUGACAAAGGGUUUUUUACUAAUUCCAAUUUAACAAAGCAUACAAGGACACAUACCGGAGAAAAACCGUAUAAAUGUGUUACCUGUGAUAAAGGGUUUUAUACUUCUUCCGAUUUAACAAAGCAUACAAGGAUACAUACUGGAGAAAAACCGUAUAAAUGUGAUUUCUGUGAUAAAAAUUUUUCAAUAUUAUCACAUCUAAACAUCCAUAAAAGAAUACAUACAGGAGAAAAUCGGUAUAAAUGUGAUUUCUGUGAUAGACAUUUUUGUUCAUCAUCAAAUUUAAAAAAGCAUACAUUGAUACAUACAAAAUGAAGCCAUUAAAAUUUGAUUCAUGAUCAAUCUUUUUCUUAUGCUUCUGCUUCUGCUUUAAAUACCCUUCAGUGUCCAUGAACAAGUGCAUAAAAAUAUAUUGUGAGAUAUUUAUUAAUAUAGGUUUAGUUCCUUAGUGGCAGUCGUCCGAUACUCAGUUAUCGCUUUGUGAACCGUCGAGUCAAUUGGUGAAUUUUUAUAACGAGCUCAUUUUUAUUAAUUUCAAUUAUAAUUUGCUUUAUUCAUAAAUGUCCUUAACUUGACAUAUGGUUAUUUUUAUAGCUAUAUUUAUACGCAUUCUCACCAAGUGUCUGAAUGUUCGCUUCCUACAGCUGAAUUAUUAAGUUACUUAUUAAYAUAUUAUAUUUUAUAAUUUAAUAUAAUCUACGGUUACGCAACACUACUUCUGUUGCGUCUUAUCUCAAGGUCGUUGCCCGAGCUCUAAUUACCUCAUCACCAGUGUACUGCCACAAUGCCUACUACUUUGCCUUAUAUCAAGAAAAAAACCAACACCAAAACAUCAUUAAUAUCAAAUCAACACACAAAACAAACAAAUCUGAAUAAUAAUUCAAAUACAAAUACCAAGACCAAAAUCCCCAAUAUAACAUCUCCAAAUUCCGGUGAAGGCAAUGCUUGGACUACUCAACAAAAACGAACUCUUUCAAACUCGUCUUACACAAAAUCUGAUUCAUCGUCAAUCGUCAUUCCCAAWGAACGACGACGUAAUUAAAACUAAAAAAAACUAUUUUCUUCAAGAAACCGUUUUGAAGUUUUCAGCUCGAUGGAUCAUUCACCCACCCCCUUGAAUCYUCCAGUUAAGGUCGCUUAGUCUUCUGUUUCUGAGCCAGAUCCAAAUGUAACUACAAAACCCAUUAUCCCCCCCGCCUAUUUUCGAAAAAACGUGGAUGAUUUCCCUGGUCUGUGCACAGAAGUAAUUAAACAGAUUGGUGUUGACAACUUCAACUGAAAAUCUACAACUGACCGAUUAAAAAUUCAAACUGCAAAUCCCGAGUCAUACAGAAGACUUGUCAAAUUCUUAAGAGAAGAAAACGCAGAAUUCCACAUCUACCAAUUACAGAAAGACAAACCAACUCKUGUAGUAAUUCGCAACUUACCUUUAAAUCACGCCUUGUGAUUUAAUAAAAGAAGAACUAAUAACUCGUUUAUUCGAAGACAGACAAGUAACGCCAGUUUUACAUGGGCUCAACAACAAACUGUUACCUCUCUUUUUCGUAGARCCCACGUCUCAUUCAAACGAAAUCUAUCAACACACUUCCUUACUUCACCCUAAAAUAAAAGUGGAAGAACUCCAUAAACAUAAAACAAUUUCUCAAUGUAUAAACUGUCGAGAGUAUGGACACACAAGUGCUUAUUGUUGCUACCUAUCUCGAUGCGUAUGCUGCGAUAGUGAUUAUCAUUCAUCUUCUUGCCCAAAUUCACGUGACGAACCCCCUCGCUGUCAAUAAAAUCAUCCUGCGAGCUACAAAGGAUGCCCAGUCUACAAAAAUCUGCAACUUCGAAAGAAUCCAAAUACAUACUAUAAAAAUUUAACUGUAUAUAUAAAUUCUAAUCUUAUGCCUCAAAAUGUACAAGAUGGUCACCCAACAAACCUCAUCCCUGCUCUGCACCUUCCUGCACAGCAUUUAACUUUGCAGCAGCUGCUUCCGACCAACCCUCCAAACCUGCUCCUCCACACAUACCAGUUUCACCCCCCACCAGUCUCUGACAUAAAUACUCUAAUGACAAGCUUCUUGAGUGAAUUUAAAACUCAUAAAUCAAUUAAUAUCACUACUUACAAAAGUAAUCACCAGUCUAUUAAAUAGGAAAAAUGAGUAACAGUCACAAAAACUUCGCUCUUAAUUUUGCAAUUUAACGCAAAUGGCCUUAAAAAUUACAUAAACGAACUUCAAUCUGUUUUAUAACAACGCUCGUAUUGACAUUGCAUUAAUAACUGAAACUCACUUCACCAAGUUCUCUCAUUUCUAUAUCCUUGAAUUUCAUCUAAUUAAAACAUCYUCACUUUUCAAACCUCUUCCUGAAUACUGUCAUGAUUACAUUUAAUCUUGCUCCAUACUAAUUAAAUAGAAUAAUUUUCCGAUCACUAUCGGAGCACCAUUCC